AUGGCCACCCAAAUCAACUGGAACACCUGCCCCCCUCGCACCUCCCCCAUCUCGCUACGAACACAUCACCUCUCCCUCACCGUCUCCGGCCCCCCACGAUCCCCCAACCAACCCGUAGUCCUCAUCCUCCAAGGCCUCGCCUCCAGCACGGCCGAAUGGCCUGUCGUGAUCCGAGAAAUCUCACAGUUCGCGAGAGUCUUCUCGUACGACCGCUCCGGCUUCGGGGAGAGCGAAAUCUCGCCUCGAGAUCCUAGCGCGGAGAAUAUCGCGCUUGAGUUGGAUGAGUUGUUAAAGGCAGUGGGUGUGGAAGGCCCGUUUGUGCUGGUCGCGCAUUCGUUUGGGGGGAUUGUGGCGAGGGAGUUUGUUCAUCGGAGAGGGGCUGGGGAGGGGGAUGUCGUGGGCGUGGUGUUUGUGGAUGCGAAUACCGAGGAGACACCCUCCACGUAUCCGAACGCGGCGGUGCAGGCGCUGGGGAAGGGGUUGAACGGGUUGGAGGUUACGAUUGGUGCGGAGCAUCAACUAAGUGAAGGGGAGUGGAAGGUUUUAAUGCGCGAGGAGGACAGCGAACGGAAUGCCGUGGCGGGACGACGAGAGCUGGAAUUCUACCAUGGGAGUGGACGGACUCUCGCGCUCAAAAACCAAACCACCCUGUCCCCGCCUCUGCUAGGCGACCACCCCAUCGUGGUCCUGCACGCGAACUACGCCCUCGACCUCCAGAGAAUCUACGACGCGGGUGUUGCGGCGGGGAACGGUAGCGAGGAGGAACGGAAGGCGAUGAGCGCGUUUAUUCGGGAGGCAAAUGGGUUGGAGGAGGGGAUGCAGAGGGGCAUGUUGGGGUUGUCGACGAAGGCGAGGUGGGUUUUUGUCGAGGGGAGUGGGCAUUAUGUGCAUAUGGUUAGGCCGGGGUUUGUGGUUGAGGGGGUUAGGUGGGUUUUGGGGGCUGAUGAUGGGGAAGGUGAGGUGUUGGGGAGGAGGGAUGGGGAGGAGGAGUGA